CCAUUUUAUUAUUUUCGUUCUGGGUCCUAAGUAUAGAAUUCUCCCAGAGGGUUUAAGGAACAGAAGAGUUAUAAGUAUCGGGCUUGUGCGGACUACUCUGUCUGCAAUGGCUUCGCUUUCAACAUGGUGUCGAUACAUGGCUCACAAACUCGAGUACUCCAUAUCAAUCGGCAUGAAGACCUAUAAAAGGGGCCAAAUCACGGACAGGGAGGUAAAUCAUGUUAUUUGGAAGAAUCUCCUUCAAGGAAGGCUGACGUACUUGCUCUGUAACAAAGGAGAGGAAAUGGCCCCAACCCUAGAUGGAAAAGGAGGAACUCUUCUUGUUCGGAAGUUACCAAAAGCAGACCCAACGCGUGUCUUUGUUGGAGAUGUAGUCGUUUUGAAGGACCCUGAGAAACAAAACAAUCAUUUAGUCAGAAGACUGGCUGCCAUUGAAGGCUAUGAAAUGGUUUCUACAAAUGAAAAAGAUGAACCUUUCGUUCUUGAGGAUGAUCAAUGUUGGGUAUUGGCUGACAAUCAAAAUUUAAAACCUAAGGAAGCAUAUGAUAGUAGAAUAUUUGGUCCAGUUCAAAUGACGGACAUUGUGGGCAGAGUCAUUUAUUGCUUGCGAUCUGCAGUAGAUCAUGGUCCUGUACAGAACAGUCACUAUGGCAUGCAGAGGGAUUCGCCAGUGUUGGCAAUGGAACUGGAUGUUGAUGAGAUGGCAAAGAGUAACAAAGCCUGAACUUUUUGUUCACUGACUUGUUUGUUUUAUACGUACGACUUGGUUUCUCUUUCUUUCCAACUGGGAAGUGAAUUCAUCAUUGUUUAUUAGAAACAUCAUGAGCUGAAACACUAGGAAAAAGACUGCGUAUGAAUCCUUGUCUCAAGUUACGGUGGCCUCCCAGCCUGAAGAGUAUAUACUUUGAAGGCCUAGUGCUGUUGUGCCCCACGGCACUCCUCAUAUCGUUCGAGGUGAGGAUCCUUUAUAUCUUAUAAGUUGUUCAUCGGUGCGAGUAUAUGAUCCUGAGAGAAGAACAAAGCUUAAACUUGCUGAAUCGAAUAAAGAUGGUGCUUAAUUGCAAGGUCA